GUCCGCGGCUCGCCGCGUUUAAGUUGAGGUCCGCAAAGGAUAAUCGGAGCCAUGUCUGCAGCCCAGGGGCUUCUUAACAGCGUCUUCUCAUCAUGCUCCUCUCCCACAUCCAAAGCCUUCACCAAACGCAGGCUACGCCAGACCCGGAGUCUGGACCCCGCCAUCAUCCGACACUGCGGCACCGGUGCCGAAACCGCACAGCCGCCGCACGACGCGGGCGCGUCUUCGAAACCGGCCGCGCGCGCCAAGACCUUCACGCUGAAAGUGCCCAUCGCGGCGUCCAUCUCUUCUCCCUCCAUCCCCCUGGACCUGUCCCCUUCUUCCAACUUUCACUUUCACUACGACGUAGUGAAGCGCUCCAAGCGGAACGCUGCCGGCGACUUGCCGCUGCUCGUGCGGGGCUCCGGGACCGGCUUCACGCCGUCCGGGAGCACCGGCACGCUCUUCUCACCCCGGAGGUGGCUUCUAAAGCGGACCCAGGCACCGAUCUCUCACGCUGACGUCGUGUGGAAGUCAGAGGGUGACUUCACCUGGAACAGCUUGUCCGGCCAGAGUGUACGCUUGAAUCCGGUCGCCAUUCAGAGCCUAUCGGAACUGGAGAGAGCCCGACUCCAGGAAGUGGCCUACGCCCGCUUGCAUCAAGACUAUGACGUUGGAUGUCAGAUAACUUUGCCAAAAGAUGGACAGAAGAGGAAAAAGUCGCUGAGGAGGAAGCUGGAUUCUUUAGCCAAAGAGAAGAGUAAAGACAAAGAAGGCGUCCCUCAAGCCUUCAGUAUACCCCUCUCGCAGGUCAUCGCCAACGACAGGACGCACAGGCAGCGCCAGGACGGCUUUCGCCAAUUUCCGCCACAGCGAGAGGAGCACAAGGACUCGUCCGAUCUCGUCUCCUCCAUUCUGCAGUUUGCCACGAAGCGGUCGUCUAAUAAGGAGCUCUCGAGCAGCAACUCCUCAUUGAGCUCCACAUCGGAGACAGCCAAUGAGUCGACGUCGCCCAACACACCUGAGGCUGCACCGCGAGUGCGCAGACGGGGUGGGAUGUCAGUGGAUUCAAUCACUGACCUGGACGACAACCAGUCUCGCCUGCUGGAGGCGCUGCAGCUCUCCCUGCCUGCCGAGACACCAAAUAAGAAGGAGAAACAAAGGGACAAACGGUUGAGCCUCAACCCGAUAUACCGGCAGGUGCCCCGUGUGGUCGACAGUUGCUGCCAACACAUUGAGAAAUACGGUUUGCAGACUGUCGGAAUUUUCAGAGUUGGAAGCUCCAAGAAGAGAGUUCGGCAGUUACGUGAGGAGUUUGACCGCGGCUUUGAUGUCCAAUUAGAUGAGGAGCACAGCGUUCAUGACGUGGCCGCCUUAUUGAAAGAGUUCCUCAGGGACAUGCCCGACCCGCUCCUCACCAAAGAGCUCUACACCGCCUUCAUUAACACAACAUUGUUGGAUCCAGAGGAGCAGCACAAUGUCACCCAGCUUCUGGUCUACCUGCUCCCAGCAUGCAACAGUGAUACUCUCCAUCGUCUCCUGGAGUUCCUGUCCACCGUGGCUGACCACGCCCAUGACCGACUGGACAAGGAUGGACAAGAGAUCACAGGGAACAAGAUGACCUCCUUGAACCUCGCCACCAUCUUUGGUCCCAACCUCCUCCAUAAACUCAAAUCCUCUGACAAGGAGUUCAGCGUCCAAAGCUCUGCGAGAGCCGAGGAAAGCACGGCCGUCAUCGCCGCGCUCCAGAGGAUGAUCGCCAGCUACCAGACACUCUUCAUGGUCCCGGCUGACUUGCAAAAUGAAGUGUUGAUGAGUCUCCUGGAGACAGACCCUGACGUGGUGGACUACCUCCUGAGGCGAAAAGCAUCCCAGAGUCCUGAUCUACACCAGUCCGAGGAUCCCUUCUCUCUGAGCGAGCAGCACUCCUCCAGCGAUUCCAACAAAGUGUCUAGCGGGGAGGUGUCCCCCUAUGACAACAACUCCCCGAUUCUGAGCGAACGAAGAGGGGAGGCAGGAAAGCCGGGAGGUGCCCUGACGGGGCAGGUGGUGGGUUGGGGUAGGGAGUCUGGAGGCGACAGCUGGGCUGCACCAGACAGUAUAUCGGAGGAGCAUGCUAACAUUUGGGGAACAUGGCACACGACUCUGAAACCAACACUCCAAGACCAAACAAACACAGGAUCCCAUGGCAACGUGUCAGAAGGAAGCUCCCGUAGCUCACAGGAUGGACUUGAUGGCGACAGCAGACACCCGCCAAUGGCACAAACCACGAGAACAGCGCCUUGCGUUCCCGAGUGCAGGCCCCACCCGCCGGUGACACGCAUUUGCAGGAGCCCUCAUGUGAACGCAAGGUGGCUGCACCAGGAGCUUACUGCCAACCCUGCAUCGGCAACGUCGCACGUGAGCCGAACGGAGCUGGUCCAGUACGGUCAUGGGGCAAAAGUCAGGGCGAACGCUAACGAGAUCGGCUCUGCCCUUCGUUGCCCUCCCCCUUAUAACGCUCAUCACCGACUGGCCGCAUGUCAGAGUUCGCCCCAGCUGGCGGUGCCUCAGCAGCACCCUCUGCAAUACAGAAAGCCGAGUGCGGAGCAGAAAAGCUCGGAGGGGACGAUGAUGCCACACAGCCCCGAGUGGCAGGACUGGCAGAGGGACCGCUGGCAAAUCUGGCAGCUGCUAUCUUCAGACAACGCGGACACAUUGCCCGAAACGCUGGUGUGACAUCAUCAAGUCCUGCUUCGUGCCAGAUUCGAUCCACGCGUGACAAUCAUAUUUCCUUCCCGUCCAUAUCUGGAUCGACCAGCAUGUUCACGCCAUGGCAUUGUUGUUUACAUGUUCAGCUGCUGCCUUCUAUGAACAUCCAUGAGCCACCACUCACUUUUCUAUGUUCGGAUAUUGUUUCUGCCCCACAUGUCGGUUUAGGAAAAAUGCCCACCGGAAAAUACCUCAAAAAUCACCACAACUUUACAGAACAUUCUAAUUCCGUUCUGCCUUCGGGGCGAACAAUAGGAAAUAUGCCUGUCAAGUUAGUAAAAAGGCAACUGAGGACUACAGUAAGUCCUUGGCUUUAGUCGCUGCUAAAUGCAGACUUUUGGUACGCACCACUAAAGGAGUGCAGCUCUUCAAACUGAUCAAAUAUUUUAUCAGCCAGAUCUACCUAAAGUCUGUCGUCCUUCAAGCUUUUAAUGUAAAUGUUAGUCUUUGUAAGACUCAGUGUUGAAUGUAAUCGUAAUAUAAAAGCACUCAGCUGUAAGUAUGACACCCGCUGCACUAUAAGACGUGCCAAAUAUGUGUUGUUGUUUUUUAAACUUCAGGAUCGUCCUUGGUUUCAUGUGGUGUAUUUGUUGAGAGAAAGGGUCACAUUUAGGCCAAGAAUGUUUGCAUAGCAUUUCAGAAAGUAUCCAUUUUCAGCUCCUGGCGUACGUUAGUAAAAUACACUCGGUGAUAAAAGAAAAACAAUGUUCAUAUUGUUUAAUACCGACAUUUUAAAAAGUAUUUGUUAAAACCAGGCAGACCCUAAUUUGAAAAACAUAACUACUAAACUUUGUCUCUCACCUAAUAUUUGUUCUGUAAGAGAUUAGCAAUUAUAUCCACAGCUAAAAUAUAUGCAGCGUCUUUCCUCCGUAACCCUUUACAAAUAUAUCAAAAAUGAUAUGAAAUUGUAUUAUAAGAUGGUAAACACUUAUUUAUUCGGUUUAAUAGUUUUUCAACCACUGUAGUGUGCCGUGACAUAUUGUCUGGUGUGCCGUGGGAAAUUAUGCAAUUUCACCUAAUUAGUCUGGACCGCUUUUCAUCAGUAAUGAUGGCAACAUCAGGUCUUCUAAGCAUUGUAAUUUUGUUUUUUGUUUUUUUCGCAAACCAAUAAUUAUAAUCCGCAAAUAAUGUGCCGUUGUUGAGUGCCUGUCUAGAGAUCAGCAGAGUAACCAUGUAAUUAGUAAUUAGUUAUGCAUGGAUGGUUAAAGUUAUAGUUUAAACUCAUAUCGAACAAUUGAGUCAGGUAUUUGAUGAGAACGACUUUAUAUUGUCAAUUCUAGCUACUGAGUUUAAUUUUUAACAUUGUCUGCUGGUGGUGUGCCUCGGGAUGUUUUCAAUGAAAAAAUAUAACUUGGCUCAAAAAAGGUUGAAAAACACGAUAAUACUUAACUGAUCAGGUUGAAUUAAAAAGUUGUUUCAACAUGAAAUGAAACAAAUGACUUAAACAGCACUUCUAUUUGAAAACCAAAACAGACAACCCAUCUCCAAAGAUUUAGUCAGGUGAAUAUUUGCUGGCAAAUAAAUGAUGGCGUAUUUUUUUUGAAGAACUGAUGUACAAGAAAGACAACCAAGCAUUGCGGUUAGGAUCUGGCGCCACCUACUGCCAGAUUAUUUUGCUGCUGCCUUCUUUAAAAUAAAAAACAGGUACCACUCCCGAGAUGUACAUGUAAGUGAGAAUAACUGUAAUAUUUGUCCCUUACCAGUCCAGAAGGCUGUUAAUUGACGGCGGGUUACAGUUGAGUUGUUAGGAUACAUGUAUUUGUUGCAUUUCUUGAUAAAAACGCCACCAAAGCAGGACGGGCUUGACUCCAUCUUGUUCAAGCUCAACAACAACUCGUUCUCCUAGCGCUCUCUUUUAACUGCAGUCCAUCCCCUAUUAGGGUAUAGGGAAACAUGAGCACAUACAGAACUCAAAUGUAGGGAAUAAUGUGUAGGACUAUUAUCAAAAUACUAAACAUAACAAACGUGCCACUUCAAAACAAUAUUCAAACAAUAAUCACUGAAUAACACUUAAAUAAGAAUACCAGACCACAUUACAGGUUACAGGAGGAAAUAAGCGUGCUGUAGCUUUUAGUUAUAUCGCCACACAAACCAAUCAAGGUUUAUAUUUUGUGAAAUGUUCCGCAAAUGUGCUUUGCUUCUCUCAGUAUUAUGAUAUACAGAAUGUAUGUUUUUAUUGAAAAUGAAAAAAAAAAAGAAAAGAAAAUGUAUAUAGACGUGUGUAUACAAUUGGUCAGAGUGUUUUCUCACCAGCUUUAAAUCCUAUCGUGCCAAUUAUUUUUAUUUUUUACAUCAGUGGGUGGUCCAAUUUGUCAUGCAAUGUUUUGCUAUUUGCUUAUUUUUGUAUCAUGUCAUCAGUAUGCUACAGUGGAAUAAAUAUGAUUU